ACGUGACACCGUAUGAGAUGAACUACCAUCGUUAUUGCACAAGCUGCUCUGUGGUCAGCCCUAGCGUCAUUAAAUUCACCGGUGUUUUCGUGUCAGCUGCUCUGUGACCUGCCAAGCACCAACCCUUCGCUGCUUUCAAGGGAAAAACAUGGCGAGCCGAGUCCUUCAAACAGUGGCGAGAGGCCUUCACAGGACGAAAACCGGACUCCACGCGAGCCGACCGGCCACUGUUACUGUCAGGAGCCUCUCGGGGCUCAAAUCACUUUUUGUUAGAAAAGUUGAUCCGAGAAAAGACGCUCACUCUCAUCUGCUCGCCAAGAAAGAGGACAACAAUCUGUACAAAAUACAGUUUCAUAAUGUUAAACCAGAGUGCCUUGAUGCUUACAACCAACUUUGUGAAUCGGUGUUGCCCUCCAUUCAUACCAAUCCUGACUAUCCCUGUGAGCUCGUGGGCACCUGGAACACCUGGUAUGGAGAGCAGGACCAGGCAGUUCACCUAUGGAGAUAUCGGGGAGGAUACCCGGCUCUCACCGAAGUCAUGAACAAACUCAGGCAGAAUAAGGAGUUCAUGGAUUACCGAACAGAGAGGGGGAAGAUGCUGUUGUCUCGUAGGAACCAGCUGCUCCUGGAAUUCAGCUUCUGGAAUGAACCUGUCCCGCGAUCAGGACCCAACAUCUACGAACUUCGGUCCUACCAGCUCAGGCCAGGAACAAUGAUUGAGUGGGGAAACUACUGGGCUCGAGCAAUUGAGAUCCGUCAGCAGAACCAAGAGGCAGUGGGAGGUUUCUUCUCACAGAUUGGAAGUUUGUACCAAGUUCACCAUUUAUGGGCUUACAAAGAUCUUGAGUCCAGAGAAACCAUCAGAAAUGCAGCGUGGCACCGUGAUGGUUGGGAUGAAGUUGUUUAUUACACUGUCCCGCUUAUUCAGCACAUGGAAUCCAGAAUAAUGAUUCCCAUGAAGACGUCACCCAUGAAGUAAUGACGGUGACAUUUCUGAGCAACCACUGCUACAACCUCCCUGCUCAGUGUGUAACAACCUUCAGAAUAUGCACUGCCAGGAUUAUUCAGCAAAACCUGAAUGUUCUUUCUUUUUUUUCUUCUUCUUUGAUCUGUUUUGUUACUCCUUAAAGAUUAGGUCAAAACGAUUAUCCCAAAGUGAACCUGUUACGGAUCUGUUAGUGUGUGUGUGUGUGUGGGGGGGGGGGCUUCAGAUUAUUGCAUUUUUCAAGAGAAUUUUGUUUUUGUUUUCAUUUAUUUUUCUUAAAAAAAAGGCCUUGUUUACAAAGCUCCCAUCCACCGAUCUGAGGAGGAGAUGUAGCUGGGAUAAGUUUCAGAACCAUUUGUCUGCCUCGUGGGAUUAAUGAAAUUAUCUGAAGAUUCUUACACGAUGAAGUUCAAGUACAGUUUGAAAAGACUUUCCAACUGGACACAUAAAUAACGUUCAUUUUUACAACUUGUUUUCUCCUUUAAAAGACUCCUUGGUUUUGUUUUGUUUUUUAGUUUUAAUGAUACUUCUGGAUCCGGUAGCUAUGGUGUUGAGGAUUAAGGUGGUUAAAAUGAUUAUAAACAAUUAACUGCGGAAUAAACUACUGUGCAUUAACAGAUUUGACAUGUUGGUUAAUAUCAGCUGGGUAACUGUCCUUUCACUGAGGUUACAAUUGUGUUUUUUAUUAAUAAAGGUUAGAAUGUUGGUAAAACGUUGACAUAUUAGACUAGCUGGAGAAAUGAUCAGUCCUGCGUCUGUAAUUGAACAGGUUCUUAAGUUGCUGACAAACAAUGGAUGGGAGAAAUUGCGUAACUGUGUGACAAAAUGCAGUGCUGUAGGAACUUUAGUUGUACAUAUUAAAUUAAGUUUCUGAUAGAGAGAAAUUGUUUUUAUGUUUUGUGUGUGCCUGUUUAUUAUUACAUAUAAAAAGAGGACACAACCCCAGAAGCGGACUGUACGUAACUGACGCUCGGAGUUGACGUAAAAGUACGGUAGCUCGUAAGGUGUGACUUAUGGUGCAUUGAUAGAAUGUAGGAAAUCUCAGCAUGACAAUGGGAACUUGAUUUUCCGUGUGUGUGCAGUGCAUUUACCUUCGAUAGUGUCUAAAACGCAAUACACAGAGAGAGAAAAAACAAUCGUGUUUGAGCAACAAUAAAAAUAUAUUUCAUACAUUAAG